AUGGAUGCCAAAAGGUUGAGCAAGUCUCUGAGCUGUCCGAACAUUACACCCACAGCUCCAUCUACGACCGGUAUCCUGGCGUACAAAGCAUUGUCCAUUCACAUUGUCCGAGCGCAGUUUAUGCUGCAACCUAGCUAUCUGAUGGCCGGGUUCGUGGGCUCUUCAGCGCCCAUUUUUGACAUUGCAAGAUUCUAUGAGAACCUACCACAGUCGCAUCCCCGAAACUUACUUGUCAACAAUCAGUAUCUCGGAGAUAUGUUAGCCGAAAUGUUCGAGAAAUCCAACAACAAUGAGAUGGUAAUGAACGGGGCGGAAGUACAUGUCCCCAAACAGAAAGUUGUCUUUCAACGUGGCCAUGGUUACACGACCUGGGCUGGGAGUCUCGAGGAUGCGGUAUGGAGGGCUAUACAUAUCCGGCGGGAUGCAGAUAUUCAAACCACUGCCAUGAAUCAACGAGACGCGACAGAGCUGCACGUCGUUUACCUCACAGAAGAGGAGGCCAGAGACUGUGAAAAUACCAUAAACCGUGCCUCGCGCGAGCAUUGGCUCGCAUGGAUGGCAGAGGCGGAGAGGUCAGGAUUCUACCAGAAUGACCUGAGAUUGGGUUUGAGCGAGAGAUGA